UAUCAUUUAAUGUUGGCCCACGAUAAAGACCGAUGUUGACACAACGGGCUCCCCGCUGCACAAUCUCCACGCAGAGUUGUCGUUCCAUGCUCUCACAUACAACAUCUGACAUCACAAGAAAAUCCUACCAGAUUCGAUGCUGUGAGAUUUUGAUCUCACCAUGUCAAUCCCAGGACAGCAAGAAGUGCUUCAUCGUAGUGGUCACCAACAUCAGGGAGACCUACCAGGAAUUGAAGACCUUGAUGAUAUCAGUUACAGUGAUGAUACCACCGACGAUGACAGUGACUAUGGGGCCGAUAAGGAGGACAAUGAUGAAUACCCCGACGAACGUGCUGUCAUUAAGGACCCUGGAUGUUUCCGUUACAAUAAGAAGAUGAUAAUGGUGUCCCUUCCAUGCGCUGUGAUGGUUAUGACGCUUGUUGGGGAAUUGUUUUUAAUUGCAGCAAGUUUUGGUGCAGGUAUCAUUCUUAUAUUGGAUCCAAAAGGUGAAAAAAGACGAUGCGUAAUACUGUACACAAUAUUGUUCGUGUGUUGCCAUGCCUUCACAAUAUUCUCCAUAUUGCCUCUGUUGUGGCUGUCCAUUUUGAACAUCUUCCUGAUUGGAGUGGUGAACAUGUACGUCAUACUCACUGGUGGGCUGAUUGCCUUGCAGUUUGCGUAUGUACGGAAGUAUGAGCUGAAAAUAGCUCUGACAAUAGAGAAGAUGUUAUUCUCCCUGUACCCCUGGUGUUGUGUGAUUCUUCUCACGUGGACAUCAUCAGCUGUCGUAAACUGGGAGAUUUUACCAUAUGUGUUCAUCACCAUAGGAUUUGUGUACCUACAACUCUUCAUUGCCCCCCAUUCAUCGUCCUUCAAAGUGGAGAACAAGGUUGAGAAACCCUCGGUGGAGGAUGAGUUCAAUGUGGUGCCUGAAGCCAUCUCCCUUCUAAUGGCUAUUGUCUAUUGCACCGCCCCGGCCUGUCUGCACAUGUUCCUCCACCUUGUGAACAACCCGUUCAGGCUACUGUUUUCAUUUACUGUUUUGAUGCAUCUAAUAUUUAUAUUGUCGCUGAGUGUGUUUCUUACCAGCCUGAUGAGCCUGAGAGCUAUCACAGAUUACACAGGGUGGCAGUACAAGUACAUAUACAGGGGCCGCUGGGUGAGUGGGUCAGUGUGUACGACCCUUGUGUACCCAGUACUGAUUCACUACCAGCUUUCCUCUCACUUCCUUCCCUGGCUCCCUGCUGGUAUUGCCAUCUACGCAUUGUAUGGUGCCCUGCUCAGUGAUAAAAGAUUCAUGGGUACGUCACUGAUGCUUCUUCCACUGCCGUGCCUGCUGUUUGGAUAUUGGCUCACAUGGCUUCCAUGGAAAAUUGUAUUGACGAUGAUAUUUGGACUCGAGGUUCAGGUAUUGUAUGUCCUGCUGAUGGUGAACUGCGUCCUGUGUUUUCUGUGUGCAUACACGUCCUCAUACGGGUCUGAACAGACCCUACCUACCUUCUUGUCCAUCGAAUCAGCCGUGUUCACUCUGUGUGAAGUGAUGCUGUACAAUGCCAAUCUCUACACUCAAACAUUCCUUGUGGUCACUGCCACCAUCGUCUUGUAUACUCUGCACAGACUUCACAUUGCUGGGAAGAUUGGCAGUUGGUCGUACACAUUCUGUUCAGCCCUGCAUUUGACCAAAGUUUUGGUGGUUGUCAUUUACAACUCCAUCGCAAUUGGGGACACGUUCAACAUGUAUAGGGCAGUAACUCUGUUUGCACUGGCAGUGGUGCUGGUCAGGGUGGUUGCCCUUGAGGAAAAGAUUGACAGAUCUGUAAAGGAGGUGAUCUACAAUACUGCUGCGCUGUGUGCCGCUAUUCUGAUCAACAGCAACCCGAUACUGCGUGUGGUCUGUGUCUAUGUACUCUGGGAGGAGCCGAGUCUCACGGACAUCCUGGAUCUGGGAGUGAUACUGUGUGGUGUUAGUAUAGUGCUGGUUGGUUCCCUGCAAAUGCCCCAGGAGUAUCAGACUUUCGUACGGCAGCUGGGAGCCAUCAUCACAAGCUUUGGGGUCCUGGUCUUGAUUUUACAGCCGUCUGUCUCGUUCUCCUUGUGGAGCCUACUACAGUGGGGUGAUGUCUGGAGUGUGAUAUUAGUGGCAUGUGUCCUCCUAACGGAUACGGUGAAAACCCUUCCCCAUCUGGCAACCUGUGCCAUCAUUGUGGGAGUGUGUCCAGCUAUCAGAAUGGCAACACUGAUGUAUGCAGAGUCAGAUGAGCUCAAUGUGGGCGCCACAUUUGUCCGAAGCCUCGUGUAUAUCCCAGCAUGCAUCAGCCUCGCAAUGAUUCUGUUCAUGUUUAUAAAACUGGACGUCAGAACCAGGCAGCUCGAGAAAUUGCUCCUUGUUUUGUGUUGUGUGUUGGGCAUGCUUUCUGCGUUGUUGCUAUUUAUAGACAUUGGACUCAGUGACAAGGAGCCUGUGAUGUCACUUCCUGUAUGGAAGUUGUCUGCUGUUACUGCAGCAGUCGUCAGCUUCUCUCUCAAGAUACUGUCAACAACAAAUGACCUCCUCAUACCAUUAGUGGAGGAAAAAACAGACACCAAGAGGUUGCUACGGCUUCCGUUGAUCGGUAAUGUCUCCUGCAUGGUGGCACUCAGCCUAUGCUGUGCUCUGUCCCCUGUGAAAGGACUUCUUCAUGAUAUCUGGUGUUGUGGUGCCUCUCUACUAUUACUCUGCCUUCAAAAGGACGGCAAGUUCAUCGCAAACAUCAAGAAAGAAAACCAAAUAGUGCCAACAAUUUUCACGUGCAUUAUCAUCCUCUUAACUUCCAGCAUUUGCCGCAGUGACCUAUGGGACUCGAGUGGACUGUCCUUAUUAAGAUCUUUAAUAGAGAUAUUUACCAUUUUAUGCACAUUACCAAAAUAUUACAUUCUGUGGGGAAUCCUAUGGCAAGACAAAUUGAUCAUGUCAGAGCAAUGGGUUGUGUUUCUGGUUCCCCUACACGGGGUAUACCUGCUGUAUGGGAGCUCGUUCUCCAGUCAGGCACUGGCGUUAGUCGGUCUGUACUCGGGAAUAUGGAUGAUGGUCAUGAGGCUGCCAUUGACUCCCCAUCGCACUGAGGACUGAGAGAGUGUGCCUAGUUGUGGCUACUCAGGGUGGUGAAGGGUUUCAAGAUUAAAGCUGUAAUUUGCUUUUGAAGACUGCAGAAUUGGGGAAAUUAGUUGAACAGUACAAGCUACUAAUCGAACAAAGAUUGAGUCCAGUU